AUGGCGUUAAACAUAUUUAAGAAAAAAAAGUCUAAGGAUAAAAAGGAAGAAUUAAAAGAUAUCAAAGGAGAUGAUACCAAUGUUGAUAACAAGGCCACCGAAUCUACUGCUGUAGAUUCAGAUGCCAAAUUGGAGAUUUCUAGUAAGGUGUCUGACAAAAAGAAAAACAAGAAAAACGAAGAUAAAAAGAAAAAGAAGAAAAAGGAUGACACAUCAGACUCGUCCGACUCCUCAAGUGACAGUGAUGAUGAUUCAGAAGAAGAAAAUAAAAAUGACAACAAAAAGGAAAAUAAAAAAGAAGUAAAAAAAGAUGUAAAAAAUGAUGUAAAAAAUGAUGUAAAAAAAGAUGUAAAAAAAGAUGUAAAAAAGGAUGAUUCAUCUUCAGAUUCGGAUUCUAGUUCAGAUUCAGACGAUUCAGAUGAUUCAGAUGAUUCAGAUGAUUCUGAUGACUCCGAUUCAGAUGAAGUAGAAGAAAAGAAACAGAAAGAAAGUGAUAAAGUAGUUAAACCAAGUAAUAAUACUAAUAAGGUAGAAGAAAAGAAGAAGGCUGAAACCGAAACAGAUUCGGACUCAGAUUCAGACUCCGAUUCUGAUUCCGAUUCAGACUCUGAUUCUGAUGAUGAAGAGAAGGAAGAAAAAAAAGAAGUUGCAAAAAAUAAAGAAGAAGUAACAAAGAAGAAAGACGAAUCAAAAGCAAAGUCCGAUUCUGAUUCGGAUUCUGACACGGACUCAGAUUCAGAUUCAGACUCAGACUCAGAUUCCGAUUCAGAUUCUGAUGAAGUUAAAGAACAAAAAGAUGACAAUAAACUAAAGACCAAUAAUGCAAACAGUACAAACAAUUUAGAAGUAGAGGAAGAGAAGAACAAUUUGAAUGGUGUUGACGGAAAAAACAAAAGGAAGAAUAUAAAUGUAGAAGAAAAUAAAAAAGGUAAAAACAAGAAACAAAAAUUAAGUAAUAAUAUAGAGACAAAUAAUAUGAAUGAGAAUAAUAUGGAUUUCCAAGAUGAUGGAAAUUUUGUAAAUGAAAAAGGAGAAUAUAUAUUGACUAUGUUAAAUAUUAGUAGAGAAACAACAGAUGUAGAUAUACGUAGUUUUUUAAAAGAUCAGUUAGAUACAGAUUAUAGUGAGGAUACUAUAUAUAUACAUAUAAAUGUUCAUAAUAACAGUGCAUAUAUAUAUUGUUCUGAAGAAAAAGUAAAAAAUAAACUUUUAUCAAUGUAUAAUCCAAAAUUUAAUGGGGUACCUGUGACAUUCCUUGAUAACCCACAUGUAGAUAAGAAGAUAAUAUUACAUCAUUCUAAUAAAGAUACAUCACAACAAGAUGUAAGAAAUAUGUUUGAACAAUAUGGAUAUAUAGUUGAAGUAUUCUUUCCAAAGAUAUAUCCAAAAAUAUUUGUGCGAUUUGAUAAUUUACAAAGUUGUAUUAAAUCACUAGAACAAGAUGGUUGUCUUUUAAAAGAUAAGUUUAUACAAGUAACUUUAGCUUUAAAUAAUUCUAUGCAAGAUAAUAAUAAAAGAAACUCUAUGCAUAAUAAUAAUGGAAUGAAUAAAAAUAGAGGAGGAGGAAAUAAAGGAUUCUUUGGAAAAAAAUUUAGUACCAAUUCAAAUAAUUUUAAUAACAACAAUAAUAAUGGAAAUAAUUAUAAUAAUAAUAAUAAUAAUAAUAAUUAUAAUAAUAAUAACAAUAAUAAUAAUAAUGGUAAUAAUUUUAAUAAAAAUAACAAAAAGAAAUUCUCCAAACCAUUCAAUAAUUUUAAAAACAAAAAAAGUUUUAAUUAA